AUCCAGCAGAUGGCCGACAAGAACCACCCCAACAUUGUGAAGCUCCUUGGCUUUGCAAUCGGAGGAGACUUGAGGACACGUCCCGAGCAAGUUCUAAUCUAUGAAUACGUGCCCAAUGGCGACCUUCACAAGUGGAUUGGCCCAAAGGCAGAACGUCCUCUGACUCUGAAGCAGCGGCUGGACAUUCUCAUCGGCAUGGCACGGGGCUUUGAGUACCUUCACGGCUUUGGCAUCGUGCAUCGCGACAUCAAGCCUACCAACAUCCUCAUCACCGAUAACAUGCAGGCAAAGAUUGCAGACUUUGGGCUGGUGAGGAUGGGGGAGGGCACGAGUGUGGGCACAACACGCAUCAUGGGCACACCAGGCUACGUGGAUCCCGCUUAUUCCCGCACGUCCAAGGCCACCACCGCUAGUGAUGUCUACAGCUUUGGAGUGCUCAUGUUGGUUAUCUUGACAGGGCGCCCACCAUUUCUAGGGACAGAUGGAGAGGGCCAGCAGGUCACUGAAUGGGCAUCAGGGUGCCUCUCCUCGGGAGACAUGGAAAGCCUCAUGGAUCCCACCAUGGACGCCCCUGCAGAUGCUGUACUACGUGUCGCUCAGCUCGCCCUCGCCUGCACUGGAGAACGCACUGCAGACCGCCCAAGCAUGCUGCAGGUUGCCAACGAGCUGCAGGCCAUCCGGGAGGAGUGGGUGGGGAAAGAGGAGCUGAGCGCGGCUGUCAAGGUGGAUGCGCAGGUGCAGGAGUUGAAGGAUGUUGUCAGCAUGAACAGCCUCGACACCGAACUUCAGAUGAUUGAAUACAACUUGGGUGAAAGUUACCAUAAGUUAUAG